CUCCCUGGCCCUGGAAGAUCAUCAAUAAGAAUUUUAUAAUGGAUGAAACAGAGACUAAAGAAAAUGUAAUCACUGAAAACGAUGGAAUUCAGAAUCAAAUUGAUUCAGGUGCUAAUCUUGAUUCAAAACAUAUUGAUGAAAAUAAAAAAGAUUCGACAGAACUUCCAAUUCAGAGCCAACAUGUUACUGAUUCUGCCACGGAUUCAAAUCAGAAAACAAAUGAUGAUGGAUUCCUCAUGCCAAUGAUUCUGCCACCUGUUGCUAAAACUGUAAAAAAGGAUGAUACAAGUUCGAAAAGAUCACCAGUUACUAUGGCUUUUCGGUCCAAGUUUGCUGUUCCAGCAGAUAUUUAUAAAGCUCCUAAAGCUGCAGCUUUUAUUACAAUGGAAAGGUCUGCAAGGCCAAAGACAGAAAAAGAGGAAAGGAAUGCAGAACCUGCAUCAGAUGAAUCAAGUAAAAAGUCAUCAUCUCAAAAUACAACUCCUAAACCUAAACCACCUCCUGCAAAAUUAUCAUAUGAAUCACCAGAUUGGGGCUCAGAACCUGAAGAAAGAAAAUAUUCACUUGAGGUGCUGAAAAUGGGUUCUAUCAUUGAUAAAAUUGACCUCUCGAACGGAGAUUAUUUUCUAGUUGGAAGAUUACCUGAUUGUCAUAUCAAGAUGGAACAUCCCUCAAUAUCAAGAUAUCAUUCAGUGUUGCAAUAUGGUGCUCCUACUUCAGACUGUGAAGAUGUUGAAUUGCAAAAGGACGGAUCCCAUGGAUUUUAUGUCUACGAUUUGGGUAGUACACACGGUACUAUGAUAAAUAAACAGAACAUUUCACCAAAAAUUUACUACAGAAUCAAAGUUGGACAUGUUGUGAAGUUUGGCGGGAGUACCAGGUUAUUUAUAUUACAGGGGCCUCAAGAAGAUGAGGAAAUGGAAUCAACGCAAAGUGCUACCGAAUUGAGAGAGUUCAAUAAGAAUAAAAUAAAGAAAAAGAAAGAUUUGGAACGAAUGAUGUUGGGUGAAGAUAGUAGUAGUGAUGAAGAUGAUGAAAAGAAAAAUCGUAAUCAAAGAAAUACAGAGAGCACAGGAGUGACUUGGGGAAUGUUGGAAGAUGCAGUGGAGAGCAGCAGUGAUGAAGAGGAAGAGGAAGAAAUUGAAGGUGAUGAGAAAGCAGAUCAUCCUGAUGCUAUCCUGGUUCAUGUCAAAAAAGAUCCAUUUUAUAUGAAAGAUCCUGUCAAAGCAUUGACUACUCUUUAUGAACGAGAAAAGAUGGAACUUGAUUUUGAAUGCAAUGAGCGACGUUCAGGUCACUGGCAUGUUCGUUUAUGUUUGCCUAUCGAUGGAACCGGUGGAAAACCAGUUUAUGCAGAAGUUAAUGCAACUGGAAAAAAGAAAGAUGCAAUAAGACAAUGUGCAUUAGAAGCAUGUCGAACUUUGGAACGGCAUGGAUUAUUUCAUCAUAAAGGACACCAUAAAGAAAGAGCGAAAAAAUGGGAAGAAGAUGAUUUUUAUGACAGUGAUGAAGAUGAAUAUAAUGAUAGAACUGGGGAACUAGAACAAAAACGAAAUUUGAGAAUGAAGAGACUCAAGAAAUCUUCUAAGAUACCUAAAACUGUUGAAACAUAUGAAUCAUUGGUAAAAAAAAUUACACAACUUGACAAUGAAGUCAAAGAUAUUGAAGCAAAGUUACAGAAGGAUAAAGAAGCCACAAAAAUGAAUGCUGACUCUGUGGAUCCGCUUGAUGCCUUCAUGCAACAAGUUAAGUCAGGUAAAGCGUUGGACACAACAACAAGAGCAAAAUUAAAACGACGACUGUUUGAAGCAAAAAAAGAAUAUAUGAGGGUGUCUAAACUUGCAGAUCUAGCCAGGCCAUCUUCUAUGCCACCUUUAGCUAGUUCAUUUGUCAAGACAUAUUCAUUCAUUGGUAAAAUGAAGGGGAAAAAAAAAACUACGUUGAAUGUUAGACCAAUCCACGAACCAGAGGUUUUAGAAGAAGGAAGUAAAGACGAAAAAGAUAUUGUGGAAGAAAAUGAAGACAUAGAAGAGAACAAAAAUCAUCACAGUACAUCUGUACAAACCAAAACAGUUAAAUUGUUGGAUAUUAAAACUGAAACUGAUGUGAAGCCAACAUUGCAAACUUUGCCAGUAAAACAUGUUUCAACAACGAACAACGCAGAUGGUACUUCUGAAAACUCUCCAUGUAAUAAUGGUUUAGUCAAAGUUGAGAAAAAAGAAACUGAUAAUGUCGAAAAGCUUGUGGAAUUCAAAUCUCAACCGACAGCUGUUGAUGACAGUAUACAGGAUAAAAAAACGCAUGUUGCAAUUUGCAAAUCACCAAAAAGAAAACUUCUCGGUCCAACGUUACCACCGGAAUUAAAACAACAAUUGAUAGCUGAACAAGAAAAGUCUUCUGAAAGAGACAUUGAAGAGGAUGAAGGAGCUCCAAAACCAAAACGUAAAAGACAAAGAAUCAGGAAGGCGAAGCCGUCAUCCAAAGUUGAAUACUCAGAUGAUCCCAAUUACAGUGCAUGGCUACCACCUGAAGGUCAAACUGGUGAUGGAAAAACAAGUUUAAAUGAAAAACUCGGAUACUGAGAUUUGAACAGAAGACUCCGGUAGAAAAAUGUUUCACAUCCAGGAUGAGGCAAUGUGUCUUGAGCGCUUGCAAAUGUAUGACCUUCAACGAUUUGCUGAGUCACGAAUAACUGUCAUCAGGCUGUUUUUUUUUUUUUUAUUUGCAGCUGGACUGCUUAUUAUCAGAAAGCAGAAUAUGAUACUUAGUACAUUAAUAAAUGGAUAUUCAUACAUUGAAAACAAUGUA